CGCUUGAAGUACAGGCAUUCCUCUAGUAUCCUUCCCGUUCUCUCCCAAAUCUGACGCCGACACUGCCAAUCCGGGGCAGAAAUCGACGCUGCCUCAACCUCCAGCCUCCCAUCUCAUCCCUCGUGACACACCCGAGGCUUCCGUCUCCUCCGUAGACUCUUUCUCUCGGUCCAGCGUCGCCACCCCCUCAACCUCCAGAUUCAGAAAUGUACAGUAAUGUGGGAAGCCAGCCUGGGGCGGCAAUGCCGACGGCAUCCCCGCAGAUGAAUCCGUUUGGGAAUUCGUUGUACGGUGCUAGUUCCGGAUUAAUCCGUGGUGGAUUGGGUGCAUAUGGAGAGAAGAUUUUAGGAUCAAGCUCUGAGUAUGUACAAAGCAAUAUCAGUAGGUAUUUCUCUGAUCCACAAUACUACUUCCAAGUGAAUGACCAGUAUGUGAGGAACAAAUUGAAGGUUGUUCUAUUUCCGUUUCUCCACAGGGGUCAUUGGACCAGAAUAACGGAGCCAGUAGGAGGCAGGCUUUCUUAUAAACCCCCAAUUUAUGACAUAAAUGCACCAGACCUAUACAUUCCAUUUAUGGCAUUUGGUACCUAUGUGGUUCUGGCUGGCUUCUCAUUGGGUCUUCAAGGAAAGUUUAGCCCUGAAGCUCUAAACUGGUUGUUUAUCAAGGGCUUGCUUGGCUGGUUUAUGCAAGUUGCACUACUGAAAGUAUCAUUGCUUUCAUUGGGCGGUGGUGAGGCACCGUUGCUGGACAUGGUGGCAUAUGCUGGGUAUGCUUUCACGGGGUUGUGCUUUGCUGUACUUGGACGGAUUAUGUUGAGCUACUCAUACUACUUUUUGAUGCCUUGGACGUGUUUAUGCAUGGGAGUCUUCUUGGUGAAGACAAUGAAGAGAGUUCUAUUCGCCGAGGUGAGGAGUUAUGAUUCAAGCAAACACCAUUACCUGUUGCUGUUUAUUGCUUUGGCUCAGUUACCUCUGUUUACAUGGCUUGGCAACGUUACUGUUAAUUGGCUCAUAUAAUUCAGCUUAUUUUGUACGAGUUAGCACCACUUCUUGUUUAUAGAAUUUCCCGAAAUCUUGUAUACAGUUUCGGGCCACGACUUUUGCUCCCAGAUUUAAGAAUUGUUAGAAAUUUCUGUUGAGUGCUUUUAGUGCUGGGAUUAUCAAGUAAUUGUAAUCAAAAGCAGUAAUCUGACUUGAAAAUUUGUCACCGAAAAAUUAUUAUUUAAAGUUAA